AUGUGGCCGUAUAGCUCUUACCCAGAGUCAAAACCUCAAGAAGUCGCGAAUCACACCUACGACUACAUCAUUGUAGGAGGCGGAACGGCAGGAUGCUGUCUUGCAGCCCGUCUCACCGAAAAUCCUAACACAUCAGUCCUAGUCAUCGAACGUGGCCGCAUUGGGGAUACAUGGCUCUCCAAGGUCCCACUUGUGUCAGCUAACUUGUAUGCCAAGGAUGCCUUCUGCGCGAUAUUCGACAGCGAGCCAGUAGCAAACGCCAAUGCCCGCAAAUUGGAUACAAUCAUUGGUGAAGGCCUUGGAGGUGGCUCGCGAGUCAACUCCUGUGUCUACACGCGGGGCGUUGCCGAUUACAAUAAGUGGAAAUCAAUGGGUCACUCGGAUUGGGGUUACGAUGAGCUUGAACCCAUAUUUGCGAAGUCUGAGCAUACUUUGACCAAAUCCGAAUCUCGCUUUCGAGGAAAAAGCGGCCCUUGGAUCAAUCAGACCAUCUAUGAUUUCCCUUUCAAAUGCCACACAUUCGUGUAUCAAGCUGCUGAACGCCUAGGGCUGCCGCAUAUUUCAGAUAUUAACUCCCCCGACGAACCUGCUUAUGGCAUCGCUACUAUGGAUAUCACGACAAAUGCUUCUGGUCAGCGCCAAAGUACAAUGCAUGCGUUCCUGCCACAGCAUGUAGCUGCCUCCCGCAAGUCUCGACUAUACAUCUGCUCGAAUACACUCGUCUCGAAGCUUGAUAUUACCACUGCGCCGGGUAAGAAGCCGCGAGUAACGGGAGUUUCUUUCCAUCACGUCAAGAACCAUUCUGGCCAAAUUUUCCAAGCGGUCGCAACAAAAGAAGUUAUUCUUUGCGCUGGAGCCAUUGCCAAUCCACAAAUUCUGAUGUUAAGCGGGAUCGGCCCCAAGGAUCAUCUUACGAAGUUCAACAUUUCUGUGGUAAAAGAUAUGCCAGGUGUUGGAAGUUACCUUGGUGACCAUUGUGGCGUUCCUACUUCAUGGGAGGUCCCAGUCGACGAUUCACUGCACGUCCUUUACAACAAGCCAACGCGUGUGUUGCUGGAUUUAAUUCGCUAUAUCACAUCAGGAAAAGGCCUACUCUCUGUACCUUUCUUGCAAUCGUCCAUUUUCAUCAAGACAUCACUCUUGAACGAAAAAUCCGAGCUCAUUAAAUCCGACAAGUCUCACCUAGACGCCCGACAGCCCAGCAAUAUUCCUGACAUUGAAAUCAUGCCGAGUCACCACAGAGCCACAGCCAAGGCAGUCGAUCCUGUCCUGGACAAGAUUGGCAUCUUCACCUUGAACACAACGCUCGUCCAGCCGAUGUCGCGCGGGUCUGUGCGCCUUGCAUCCGCCAAUCCCAUGGAUCGACCCCUCGUUGAACUAGGGUUCUUAUCUCAUGCUAAAGAUUUGGUUACACUACGCAAAGGGUUGCGCCUUUCUUUGAAGCUUGCCAAUCAAAUGACAGUUGAAGGGUGCCCACUGAAACCCGUUGCCUCUCAGCUCCCGGAUUCAGAAAGCGAGGAGAGCCUAGACAAAUACAUCCGCGAGAACAUACGUAGUUGCUUGCAUUAUACCUCAACAUGCAGAAUGGCACCUGAAGAAGACCCCACGAGUCCAGGGGUGGUUGAUGAUGAACUGAGGGUCCAUGGUGUUGAUGGACUUCGCAUUGCUGAUACCUCCAUUUUUCCGGAUAUUAUCUCGACUCACACCAUGGCCGUUGCAGUAGUUGUGGCAGAGAAAUGCGCUUUGCUCAUUCAAACUAAAAGUAUGUAG